AUGGUUAUUCAAUCCCCUCUACGUGGUUAUUCAAUCCCCUCUACGUGGUUAUUCAAUACCCUCUACGUGGUUAUUCAAUCCCCUCUACGUGGUUACUCAAUACCCUCUACGUGGUUAUUCAAUACCCUCUACGUGGUUAUUCAAUCCCCUCUACGUGGUUAUUCAAUCCCCUCUACGUGGUUAUUCAAUACCCUCUACGUGGUUAUUCAAUCCCCUCUACGUGGUUAUUCAAUACCCUCUACGUGGUUUCCCCUCUCCCCGCCAGGCCCGUGUCGCCGCGACAUCAAGCUGCACUGCCAGGGCGUGGAGCCGGGCAACGCGGUGCUGUCGCUGUGCCUCACCUUCCACGUCAAGAAUGAGAAGUCGGGCAACGAGCUCGGGGGCCCCAAGGUAUCCAAGAAGUGCAAGAAGGACGUGCGCGCGUUCAGGGCGGAGAUGUACAAGGACCUCAGCAUGGACAAGGCAUUGGCAACGGCAUGCAAGGCGGACAUCACCAAGUUCUGUGACGACGACUUCCUCUACCCCGAGCCCGGCAACGUCGUUGCCUGCCUCAGGGAGGUGAACCAGGUGGAGAAGCUGGCGGACGAGUGCCGGGCGGAGGUGCUGAGGGCGCAGCUGGAGGCGGCGGAGGAUUUCAAGAUGGACCCGCAGCUCAACCAGCUCUGCUCCGCCGAGGCUGACCGCCUCUGCAAGGGCGUCGAGCCGGGGGAAGGGCGCGUUCAGGAGUGCCUGAGAGAGCACCGAGCGCAGCUGGCGUGGGACUGUCAGGCGGAGCUGUUUCGGCAGGAGGUGGAGAACGCGGGGGACAUCCGCCUCAACGUGCGCCUCUUCCAGGCGUGCCUCAACGACCAGCGCCGCUUCUGUGCCGACGUCAAGUACGGCGAUGCGCGCGUCAAAGACUGCCUGGAGGACCACCGCCUCGACCCCGACUUCUCGCCCUCGUGCAAGACGGAGUUUGAUCAGAUGAUGGCGCGGCGCGCCACUGACUUCCGCCUCGACGCAAAUCUGCGCAAAUACUGCAAGGGGGACAUUGCAGAGAUCUGCUACCCAGACGCGGAGGACAUAUCGGACGUGGCGAAUUUCGAUGCCAAGGUGAUCGAGUGUCUGCAGGACUACCGGGAGGAGCUCAAGGACCCCAAGUGCAAGGCCGCCGUGCACCGCCUCACCGCCCGCGCUGCUGAGAGCAUCCGCUUUGAUCGGCCCCUGGCUGACGCCUGUCACGAGGACCGGACGACCAUCUGCCGGGAUGUGCCGGACGGCAUGGCGCAGGUGUUUCUGUGUCUGCAGGACAACAUGGGCAAGCUCAAGGAGUCGUGCCGCACCGCGCUCUUUGAACAGCUGGUGCGCAUGGCGGAGGACAUCGACUUCAAGUUCCCCAUGAAGCGCGCCUGCGCCUCGGAGCUGCAGAAGUUCUGCAAAGACAUCCCGCAUGGCCAUGCGGCGAGGGUGAAGUGUCUGCAGGAGAGCAUAGACAGUGCGGACAUGGGAGAGGAGUGCCGCAAGGAGGUCAAGCGCGACAUGGCCCGCUCAGCCGGAGACUACCGCCUCAACUACCGUCUGCACCGCGCCUGCCUGCCUGAGAUCCAGAAGCACUGCUCGCACGCGUGUGACGCCGCCAGCACCAACGGCUCCGUCACGUGUGCGGGCACCGUGGUCAAGUGCCUGCAGGAGAAUCAGGAUCAGAUCGAAUCCGAAUCCUGCAAGCAGGAGAUCACGUCGUUCAGCAUCCUCGAAGCAAAGGACCCGCUCUCUCUCGACGUGCCCCUGCAGGCGGCCUGCAAGGGCGACCUGCAGACGCUGUGCCCAGAUGUGGGGAGGGACCAUGGGAGGAGCUUGGCUUGCCUGAGGGCCAAGAGGGACCAGCUGAGUGCGGCGUGCAAGAAGGAGGAGAUGCGGUUCAGCGUGAUGGAGGCCUCGGAUAUUCGCAUCACCCCUAGCCUUAUGAAUGCCUGUGGGCAAGAGCUGCAGAGCUUCUGUCGUGACGUGCCGCCCAGGGGAGGGCGCGCGUUUAAGUGUCUGCAGCAGCACGUGAGCGACGUGGGCAUGGGUGCGGCCUGCCAGGGCGAGGUGAACCUGCAGGUGGCCCGCAAGGCCGCCAACUACCGCCUGGACGUGCGGCUCAGGGAGGAGUGCCAGGGCGACCUGAAGCAAUACUGUGAGGGCAAGGAUGCGGGCAAGGAGGGGCACGCCGUGGUGCUCAAAUGCAUGGUCGAGAAUUUCAAGAGCCUCGCGCCCUCGUGCCAGGGAGAGGUGUCCUAUGUGGUGCGCAUGGCACUCUUCCAGUACCACCAUGCGGCUUAUCUCACAUCGCCCUGUGACGACGCAGUGGACGGCAUCUGCCUGGCCCCUGGCGCCCCCAAGCCCAAGGAGAUCAACGGCGCUGUCAUCGGUGUGUUCGGGCAGUGCCUGCUGUCCGCACAGCCCGAUAAGCUAUCGGAGGGGUGCCGCGCGCUGGUGCAGGUGGCAGGGAAGGAGGGGGCGUAUGUGAAGGGCGGGCUGGACCAGGCGAAGCUGGAUGAGGCUCUGGCGAAACUGAAAGAGCUCCCUGCGGCAGCCGCAGCAGACGGGUCGACUGGCAAGUCUGGGCUGGUGAUUUCAGGCUGGCUGGCCUUCGCAGCUCUGGUGGCUGUCGUGGUUGUUGCUGUUGCGGCAGGCUUUGGCAUUUACCACAAUCUCGAAGCAGACGUCGGGCUUGUGCUUCGGUUUGAGGGAGUGGAGAAACGCGGAGCGCGGGGGCGCGGGCGCGGCGGAUCCGUCGACUGUUACUGGGCGCUGUUCCGCCUUGCGCUGCCGUCCAUUCUGCUGCAGAGCGGCGCGCCCCUGGCGAUCACGGUGCAGACGGCGCUGCUGGGCCGCAAGGACACGCAGCUCGUCGCCGCGUGGGCCGUCAUGCGCGCGCGGGGCGUGGGGAUGCACGCGGGGGCCACGGGGAUGCCCGCGGGGGCACGGGGAUGCGCGCCGGGGCCAUGGAGAUGCGCGCGUGCGGUGGGGGAUGCACGCGUGCGGUGGGGGAUACGCGCGUACGGCAUGGGGAUGCGCGCCGAGACCAUGGGGAUGCGCGGGGGAGAGCAUGGGGACGCGCGUGGGGCACGGGGGAGCGCGCACGAAGCAUGGGGAUGCGCGCGGACAGGACUGCACCAGCAGAGCGACGAGCUUGCAGGGGCAGAGCAGAGGCAGGCAGGGCCCUCUCGUCUGAUUUUGAGGCGCCUCAAAAUCGCCCACUGGCCGGCACGGCUCGCGCCUCGCCUGCUUUGCCGCUUGUACCUUUGUAGGCACCGAGCUGAUGAGUUGAUUGUGGUGGCAAGAGCCGGUUGGGUUGGCUUCCUCUCCCUCCCACCUUUCUCAUCCUCGUUCCUCAUCACCCUUUCUCAUCCUCGUUCCUCAUCACCCUUUCUCAUCCUCGUUCCUCAUCACCAUUUCUCAUCCUCGUUCCUCAUCCUUCUCAUUUCACCGACCCUCCCCCUUCCCUUGUCCUCACUCUCCCACUCUCCCUCCCCCAUCCCCUUUCUCUCUCCGCAUCUGCUCCUCAUCGCAGCGGCCACGAAUGCAGCGACAGUCAUUUUCAACUUCCUUGUUGUCGGCGUCACAGCUAAGGUCACCAAGGUGGUAGCAGUGGGCGCGUGGGCGCAAGUGGGGGUGCGAAUCCGCCUCGCACUCGCCAUGGCUCUAGCCACCAGUGCACUGGCCGUGGCGCUGCUGCUGUCCUCUCAGGGGCUGCUGUGGGCGCUGCUAAGUGACUCGCCCUCCGUGCUGCAGUACGCUAAGAGUUACUUUUACUUGAGAGUCAUGGGCGUGCCGCCGCAGCUGCUGGUCAUGUGCACUUCCGGCGUGCUGCAGGGAUACAAGCACGUGGCGCUGGUGGCAUGGCUGCAGGCAGCACGAGCGCUGCUGGACGUUGCCGCAUCCUACCUCUCCCUCUACGUCCUUGACUGGGGCAUUGUGGGUGUUGGCAUCGGCACCUUCCUCGCAUCCUGCACCGUCGCAGCUGUUUCCUUAGCCUGUAUCCUCCUCCUGCCGCCUCCCCAGGGCAAAGGGAAGAUUGUUGUUUUCCCACCCAUCCUGUCGUUUCUGGCUCGGAAGGUCGCCGUACCGCAGGUUCUGCUCUGCCGAGCCUUGAGCCAGCGGGUUUCCCGGACCUGCUCAAAGGUCCGGGUGGGUGGUGCAGCGGCGUUGGCGGACGCUCAGGUGCUGCUGCUGGAUGGGAGGGAGAGGGAGGGGACUGGGAAGGAGGUGGGCGGGAUAGAGGAGACAGUACUGGCGGUUCUUGAAGGGAGAAUGUUGAAGGCGGGUAGAGAUGUUGCUUCAGUGCAUGUGAAUGAUCAACGGGCACAUGGGUGUGCGCGUGAAGAUGAGGCGCGAUCGAGGGACGAGCAGGCAACCAGAGUGGGAGGUCGGGAGGAGGAGGGAAGGGCUGUAGAGGGAGGGGAUGAGGAGGGAAGGGAGGAGGAUAGGGUGGGGAGGGAAGGUGAAGCAGAGGGGGGAAGGAGGAGUCGAGCGGAUGAUGCAACGCAUAGCCGGAUGGUCGCAGAGGAGCCUGAAAACGAGGGUGAUGGAAUUGCUUAUAACGAGGACAUGGUUAUGGGUGGGGAUGGAAGGGGCAUGCGGGAAGGGGGUUGUGCGGAGAGUGUGGAGGUCAGAGUGGUGGUGGGGAGGGAGGAAACUUCCACGGUGCUGCUUUUGAAGACUGGGGAGGAGGAGAGAGUGGAGAAGGGGGGGAGUGUGAGGAGUGAUAAGGGAGGGAGUGGGGGCAGUAACAUUGGAGAAAGGAGGGUCGGAGAGAAGGGAGAGGGCGCGGAGGGGAAGUGCAAGGCGGAGGAGAUGGAGGAGGCGAGGAUAAACGAGAAUUUUAUUCACCCGCCUUCUCCUGUCGCUGGCACCCUCCCUGGCACACGUCCCAUGCAGCUCUCUUUCUUCCUCGUGCUCGCCUGUGCCACUUCACUCGGCGUGCAUGCUGUAGCUGCGCAUCAGCCCAAUUUCCACCCCCGCAGAACCUCAUGCGGCCGCAGGAGGGAAGCAUCUACAUCGCAGAUAGAGUCGCUGCUCCCGAGACCUAAACCCCACCCCUCCCCUCCGCCCUCCCUCUUCCACCAUUUGCGCAUUCCCGUCCCCCCACUGCAGAUCCUCAUGCAGCUGUGGAUGAUCCUCAUGCAGCUGUGGAUGGUCAACAUCUACAUCGCAGAUGGCUUUGCCACAGCAGGCACCAUCGUGGCCAGCAGCCUGGCGGGACGGAUGGCGCAGGCGCAGACCAGGGGCGAGCAUGCAACCCUCUUGGCGGACCUGAGGCUCGUGUGCUGGCGUGUGCUGCGCAUGGGAUUGAUUGCAGGCAUCCUCAUCUGUGCGGCAUACACAUCCCUGGAGCGCCACAUCGUUGCGCUCUUCACAUAUGAUGAGGCCACCAAGGCGCAGCUGAGGCACGUGUGGCUCUUCCUCGCGCUCAUGCAACCACUCAACUCCGUGGUAUUCGUGUACGAUGGGCUCAUCUAUGCGGCUCAGGCCUUCUCCUACAUGGCGGCGUGCUUGGCUGUUGGCUUCUUCACGCUCUUCCUUCCUGUCGUCUCACUUGCAUUCUUCCACUUCAAGACCCUUCUGGCCGCGUGGGCAGCUAAGGGGGUGCUCAACGCGUUGCGCUUUGCAGUCGCGGGAUACAAAAUCCACUUUGAUUUCCUCUGCCCCGAUGGAUCGCACCUCCCACCUGCACCGUCCACCGACCCUCAAUCCCACAACAAGGCACCUCCUCAACCUUUCACUGAUCCAUCCCACAAGGCGGAUCACAAGGCACCACCCCAACCAUCAUCCUACCCAGGCCAGAGACCAUCCCCUCCUCCACAGCCUCCUCAUUGGCAAGGUGGUGUGAUUGUGCCUUCUCUCUCUCAAUCUCAUCCUGUUGCUGCUUCCACUUGCCUCGCCAUCCUGUUGAGGGCACGUAGGACAGCAGCGUCAAACACGUCCCCACGUGCAUUACGCACUGCUCGACGUGGAAAGGAGUCGCAUCCACACGAGCAGCAACGUGAGGACCUGGUGGGACGGGUGGGAAUAACAGCACCUGGGGAGGCGGCGGGGGAACAGGAGUCGGUGGAGGGCGAGGCGGCUGCGGCCGCGGCGGCAGGGGGAAGUGGCGCAAUGGGGACUGAGUCAGAGGCGGCUGUGGCGGUUGAGGCUGCGGCUGCUCCAGGGCUGGAGGGGGUUGCUGCUGAGGCGACUGAGAUGGUGGCUGCUGCUGAGCUUGGCGGGCCUGACGCUGCCUCUGGCGGCGGCUCAGCCUCACCCUCUGCCAUCCCCCAGGCGUGGCAACCAGAGGAGCCGGGACCACCAGUGGCUCAGGAACGGACCGAGGCGGUGGUGCUGGCGGCGUCACCGGAGCCUGUAACGGCGUCUGUGCUGGCGGCGGCGGUGACAGCGGCGACAGGGGAACAGGACGGAGCCCGGACCGAGGAGGGUGCGCCGGUCGCCGCUGCGAACGCCGAAACUUCUGCUGCUGCCGAGGGCGCAAGCACGCAGGGACACGACCUGGGGGGAGUGGUAGACAGGGUCGUGGAGCCGGCGGGACUGCCUGCGCCGCCCGCGGGAAGACGAAGCUUCGAGCCCAGCCAGCACCGAGGCGGCCCGGAGCAGGGCUGGGACUUGGUCCCCCGGGACCCCUCCUGGGCUGGCUUCUGCAAGGGCAGUUGCCACAAGGGCAAGAGCGUCACUUGCCAUCUGGAGCUGGCAACGCUCGGCCUCCGUUGCAACAUCGCAAAAUCGUCGGCAUGGGGACAAUCGCUCGCGGAUGACGGCGGCACGCCACCUCCCAUCGGCCUGCAGCAGAUCACAGAUGGGAUCCGGGUUCUAGGCAGCCCAGUCGGCUUGCCUGCCUUCUGCACCAAUCAAGAACAAACACGGCUUGAUGAGGCGUCGGCCCCGUUACCUCUGGUGGCGGAGCUCCACUCGCAGAGCGCAAUGCUCAUCCUCACGAGGAGCAUAUCCCGCCAAAUCUCCUACUUUCUGCGGACGACACCGGCGGAAGUCCUGGGGAGAGAGGGGUGGAGGGGCUGGAGUGAGACCCUGAUGGCAACGGCACUAGCAGCAACGAAGCUUCGAGUACCUUCAGACGAGCUGGAGAGUCUGUUGUGGCGCCAGGGGAGUCUGCCGGUCAGGUUGGGAGGCUUGGGGAUUAUUGACCCAGUCUCCGAGGCACCUGCGGCCUACAUCGCCUCGUGCUGCCCGUGCCUGUUGCUGCCCGUGCCUGUGCUGCCCGUGCCUGUUGCUGCCCGUGCCUGUGCUGCCCGUGCCUGUGCUGCCCGUGCCUGUGCUGCCCGUGCCUGUGCUGCCUGUGCCUGUUGCUGCCCGUGCCUGUGCUGCCCGUGCCUGUGCUGCCCGUGCCUGUUGCUGCCCGUGCCUGUGCUGCCCGUGCCUGUGCUGCCCGUGCCUGUUGCUGCCCGUGCCUGUGCUGCCCGUGCCUGUGCUGCCCGUGCGUGUGCUGCCCGUGCCUGUUGCUGCCCGUGCCUGUGCUGCCCGUGCCUGUUGCUGCCCGUGCCUGUGCUGCCCGUGCCUGUGCUGCCCGUGCCUGUGCUGCCCGUGCCUGUGCUGCCCGUGCCUGUGCUGCCCGUGCCUGUUGCUGCCCGUGCCUGUGCUGCCCGUGCCUGUGCUGCCCGUGCCUGUGCUGCCCGUGCCUGUUGCUGCCCGUGCCUGUGCUGCCCGUGCCUGUUGCUGCCCGUGCCUGUGCUGCCCGUGCCUGUGCUGCCCGUGCCUGUGCUGCCCGUGCCUGUGCUGCCUGUGCCUGUUGCUGCCCGUGCCUGUUGCUGCCCGUGCCUGUGCUGCCCGUGCCUCUGUCGCUGA